CGUAAAGAACCUAGAACAAUUAACUUGAUCGAAAUGACAGCGUUCAACCAGGAUCAUCACUUCGUGCUUCUCUUGAUCGUUUCCCUCGUGGGAAGUAGUUGCAUUUUGGGGUUUUCCGAGGCCCAAACCUUCACUGCCGAGGAUCGUAGCUCUAUACAGAAAUUCAUGGAUUCUUUGUUGAAUUUCCUGGAACUGGAAAUUAGUAAUAUAACCACCACAUUGCCGCCGACUUCAAAUGGCACCACUUUGGUGACCACUUCUCCGGCACCUGGAACUUCCACAGAAGUGACAACGGAGGCUUCGGAAACAUCUACUAACUCCACAUCGAGUGUUUUGGUUAGUUCCACUCUCAGUUUGAAUUCCACAACAGAAUCCACAACAGAAACUGCAACCGCAACUACAACCACAACAACUACCGAAGCAAAUCCAACUACUAUAAGGCGCAGGAUUUGUUUCAAGCGUUUCUGCUACAAGUUUAGCAACGACAAGGGUUACAUAGUAUAGAUCGAAUA